CCGGGUCCCUGGUCAGGGCGGGGCGGCUGCCCUGCCCUCGAGCUGGCGCCCAGGACUCUGCCCGGGCCAGGGCGGCGGCUGCGGCCGGGAGGGCGACGUGGAGCGGCCACGUGGAGCUGCCCGGGGGCGGGCAGGGCGGCGAGGAGCUUGGCUCACGGCCCCGAGCGACUCCGAAGCCGCCCCCAGCUGGAGCCGCGCCGCCGCAGGAAAGAUGUUACUUGCUCCAGUCCCAGGAAAGAUGCUACCUCCGACAAUGAGACUGUUAGUGCUACUGCUGCUGCCCCUGAGUCGGGCUGCCCCCAAGGAUGGAACCACGAGGCUGGACCCCGAGGUGCAGCAGCAGCCCCUUCCCAACCCCUUCCAGCCAGGCCAGGAGCAGCUCCGACUCCUACAGAGCUACCUAAAGGGACUGAAGAGGAUGGAAGAGGACCCGGAGCACAUGACCCGGGAGCAGGUCCUGCUCUACCUCUUUGCCCUCCAUGACUAUGACCAGAGCGGACAGCUGGAUGGCCUGGAGCUCUUGUCCAUGUUGACAGCAGCUCUGGCCCCUGGAGCUGCUGACUCUCCUACCACCAACCCAGUGAUCCUGAUGGUGGAUGAGGUACUGGAGACCCAGGACCUGAACGGGGAUGGGCUCCUGACACCUGCAGAGAUCAUCAACUUUCCAGGAGAGGCCUUGACACGCUCGGAGCCACAAGACGUGGGCAGACAGUCCCUGUUGGCUAAAAGCCCAUCAAGACAAGAAGCACAGGAAGUCCUGGGUCUCAGAGAAGAAGCUGGGGGACAGGUGGAGGCCAGACAGGAGUCCUGGGAGCCUGUACAGGAGGCUGGAGGAAAAGCCCCAAGCCCUGGAGGGGAGGCUGGGGGACAGGCAGAAGCCAGGGACACUGGAAAGGAAGCAGAUGGGCUUCUGGGAAAAACGCUGGGGUCUCAGAACGCCCCAGAGGAUUUUGAGGUUCAUGCUAUACAACUGGAGAAUGAUGAGAUAUGAACCUUGAGGAUCCAGGUUUGUGCCCCUAGAAGUCUCAGCACCAGAACAUAAGUUCCAAAGGGUGGGGUGUGUAUGUUGGGAUAAGGACCACCUCUGUGCCCCCUUCCUGGCCUCAUUACGUGGCAGGUCUUUCUGUGCAGCUCAUGGAGACCCUAAGUUGAGGGCUGAAUAAAGGAAUGAAAA